GUCAAGAUGACUAUCUUUUAUGAAUAUAACGACAACGAGCAAGGCUCCUCCCUAUCUUGGUUUAAUUUCUAGUGUCAGGGUGGGAUCUAAUGAAGGCGUUUGUAAAUGUUUCUCAUUGUCGAGAGACUUCCAUUAACGGUCCCAGCGGCAGUCUUGCUGGGUGUGCCGGCGGAGGGUCUGUCUAUUGAGGGUGCAUGGAGAGUCUCGGCGCUCUCUAUAGCGGUUUUGUUCCCUGAGGAUCUCAUAAGUCGCUAUUUUAGAAGACGUUUGAAUUUCUUGCGUAAUCUGCUUGUCCUAUUUUGCGCGCCUUGCAUUGUCAAAUAUAACUGUUUAAGUUCUGUUACUAACAGAGAUACGGAGGGCUAUAAAUCUAUCUAUCGGCGUGGUUUUAUCUAUAGGUAUAGAUUUAGGACUGUAGAGAGGGGUAGUGUUAGGGCAUAGAAUAUCUUCUAUAAAGAUAACCAGGCAAGAAUCGAG